AUAAGCAACCCCGCGCCCUCUGCACGCCAUCCCGCUGUUGUUCCGUGUUGAGCAAACUUUACCAAGUUACUCUUCGCUCUCUCUUUCUCGUCAGAGAAACCCAAACCAACUUCGAUGGUGAACGCCGUGAAAGUUUUCAAGAAAACCGCCCCUAAUGGUAAGAUCACCGUCUACCUGGGUCGCCGUGACUUUGUAGACAACACCGCCAGCACCGAGCCCGUCGAUGGGGUCAUAGUGUGCGACAAUGACUACCUUCGUGGUCGCAAGGUCUUCGCGACCGUCACGGUCACGUACCGUUUCGGUCGCGAGGAGGAUGAGGUCAUGGGCCUUAACUUCAGCAAGGAGAUGCAGCUGGCCGCCCAGCAGAUCUACCCGGCCAACAACCAGCCCGAGCUGACCAGCGUGCAGGACCGCCUCGUGAAGAAGCUCGGUGGCAAUGCCUACCCCUUCGCUGUGACUCUCCCCGACUCUGCUCCCUCCUCCGUCCAGCUCCACAGCGGCGACGAUGACACGGCCAAACCCCUGGGAGUCAUCUACGAGCUGCGGGUGUUCGUCGGCGACACCGCCGAUGAGAAGCCCCACCGCCGCAACUCCGUGGCUCUGGCCGUGAGGAAGGUGCAGUUCUCCCCCGCCACUGGCUCCAAGCGCCAGCCCUCCACCCUGGUAUCCAAGGGCUUUGCGCUCUCCUCCGGGAAGCUCAACAUGGAGGUGACCCUGGACAAGGAGAUCUUCUACCACGGGGAGCAGAUUAAGGCCAACUUGAGCAUCAACAACGCCUCCAAGAAGACGGUGAAGAACAUCAAGUGUGCCGUGGUGCAGCACGUCGAGGUCACCAUGACCAACAGCCAGUUCACCCGUGAGGUGUCCUCUCUGGAGUCCAAGGAGGGCUGCCCCAUCACCCCUGGCAGCAACCUGACCAAGGCCUUCACCCUGACGCCCCUCGCCUCCUCCAACAAGAGCAAGACUGGCAUCGCCCUCGACGGCAAGCUGAAGGACACUGACGCCAACCUGGCCUCCUCCACCCUCGUGGCCGUUGGCAAGAACCCCAACGACGCCCUGGGUAUCGUUGUGUCCUACUCCCUCAGGGUUAAGCUGAACUGCGGCGCCCUUGGGGGAGAACUGGUGGCUGACCUGCCCUUCAAGCUCCUUCACCCCGCCCCUGGUGCUGCCGUCAAGGCCCGCCCCGACGCUGGCUACACUGGCGGCGAGGACCUGGAGUUUGAGGACUUCGCCCGUCUGCGUCGCGGCCAGAGCGUCGACCAGCCAUAAGGCGCCUUCCUACGACUUGCACGACUCACUACGAGAGAGCGAACGAACGACACGGGAUUUUAAACUACGACUCCGAACACGACGUUGUGCGGGGAGACCUUCGGGGCCCUCCGGAUGACGACGCCUCAAGUCCUUCGCCGGCCGUGCCCUGCCCAACCCCCAAGCCCGCCCGCGCGGACGCACACCACCCAGGGCCGUCAGGAAGGGCGAGGGAGGUAUCGAGGUCAAGGUGCAUUCCGAGACCCCACGUGACCUGGUCUUGGGUCACGCCUCAGGGACGCCGGCUUCCCCCAACCUUGAUUUUCUUAGUUCUUCUUUA